AUGAACCAACGCGGGCGCAUCGGCGAGAGCGAGAGUGGUCUGAUGGGGGAACGGUUCCGUGUGCGCACGCGACUAAGUAAGUACUGUUCAUGUUAUAAUGGCACGUCGAAAUUGCGGCGGCCGGGGGAAAUGAGGGCGCCGAGGCUUUGCGGUGCACCGACGGUCGAGGCGGGCGAUAGUCGCGUGGAGCGGAGCGGCGCGGAUCGGCCGGCACUCCCACUCGGCGAACGCGUCGCGGGCCGCGCUCAUUCACUUCAGUCAGUCCAACGCCGACUGUCGCGGCGAGCGUACGCUUACACACGCCAUCCGUCACCCGCCUCCGAUGUUAGUCCGCGACUACGAAACGGCAACGCGACUCGGAGCUUUACUGUGACAGUGCAACUGAAAUCGCGCGAAUAUGGGUUAAACGGAGCGCGCUACGACAUGAGCCCGGGCGAGCGCGCCGCCCUCGGGCGACGCGAACCCGCUCGCCCCCAGUACGCUGCCACAGCGCCCGGCUUCCCGCCACCAUACUAUCCGCCCUACGGCGUGCCCCAUCCGAACGCGUGGCUCGGCGCGCCCCUCAUUUCCAUGGCGGGGCGGAAUACGCCCGUGUCCAAGCUAGCGAUGCACGCGCAAGGCGCGCCCCUCAUCAUCCACAAUAGACACGACCGGAGGAAGUACACGACGGUGCCGGAGCAGCGCAACCACCGGCCCGGCGCACACGUGGACCACGGCGCCAGAGACAGGUGCGAAGCGCACGAAACAAACAGAGCGCGAAACCAGCAGCAGCCGCCGCGUUCCGCUCGGAGCGGGCGCAACAACAACAACAACACGGAUGCGGUCAGCGUGGCCAGCGACGAGAGCUCCGGCUCCACCAACUCCGAGACGAUGCUGCCGAGGAUAAUUAAACCGCGCAAGCGACGCAAAAAGGACAGGAAACCUAAUAACAUUGUGCCACACGACAUGACGGCGGCCGCGUUGGAAAUAGGCGAUGUGGGACACGGUGCGGUGGGCAGUAUGUCGGCGGCUUCUCAUGGCGUGUACGACGAGUCGUAUUGCCGCAACAUUACAAUGCAAUAUCGCCUGGACGUGAAGGUGUUGGAGUACUCUGAACCGGCACCGGAGACGUAUCGCGUCGUGGCCCUGGGCGAGGCGCUGGAGGCGACCCGCUUCGGCUUGGCGGAGGCGGCAUCGCCCUCCGAGUCAGCGGUCAGCUCGUGCCAGUGCCGCUACUGUGAUCCCGUGGGUCAGAUCUGGGACGCGGACUCGAUCGCGGACCUGCUGGACGAGAACUCGAGCGGUGAUUUCGCUCCCACCAAGCUCGAGGACUCGAUGAAAGUCGUGGGCCCGCUGGGCAGACGCGGCGCGGACACUGUGCUGCGCCGAAGCUGGAGCGACCCGUCUUCGCGAGUGGCGGACAGGCGCGACGCGAACGCCGCCGAGCCCCAGUCGUCGUCCAACCUGUACUCCCUGUUCCCACCGUCGAGGCGGGCCAGCUCCCCCGAGCCCCGAUCGCCGCUCGCGCUCGAGAUAUCCUCGGAGAUAGUGACCUCGAUGAACGGCCAUCGGGACCUGGAGAUCAAGCUGUUCUCCACGUCGCCGCCGGCCGCGCACGCCGACAGGCGCUCCUUCUUCGACGGGAAAAGUGAAAGUGCCGCGGACGGUUGCACGAUCGCGGCCGACAACUCCAGAGUUGACUGUGCAGUGAACAGUGAGCAGGGCGUGCCUAGUGUCAGCGACUAUGUGGACGCAGGCUGCUCGACGGCAAACGCGGCCGCCAAGAGCCCGCGUGGUAUUUGUGAUUUAGCCUUAGUUGCUGCC